AUGCGACUCAUCGAUACUUCCACUCUUACGCUCAAAGAAUUUCCCACUUCGAACCAGCGCUAUGCCAUCCUUUCGCAUACCUGGGGCGCCGAUGGCGAAGAAGUUUCUUAUCAGGACAUGACGGCGCACGUCGUAUCAGAGGCCACGAAGAAGAAGCCGGGCUGGAGGAAGAUCGAAAAGACUUGCGAACUUGCUCGGACACAUCACGGGUUGCAACUGGCAUGGAUCGAUACUUGCUGCAUCGACAAAAGAAGUAGCGCGGAGCUGAGCGAAGCCAUCAACUCCAUGUUCCGAUGGUAUCAGGAAGCAGAGACCUGCUUCGCUUUUCUCUCCGAUGUGACGUGGGACCCUUUGAAUAGCUUGCACCAGUCGAGAUGGUUUACGCGAGGGUGGACUCUCCAAGAACUCAUCGCGCCGAAAAAUGUUGCGUUCUUCAACAGCGACUGGACACUCUUUGGUACGAAAGCGAGCCUCACCAGCGAACUUGCUUUUAAGACCGGCAUCCCCCGUGGAAUCCUUCUUCACGAAAUCACUCUGGAUGAUGUUCCGGUCGCUGCGCGCAUGUCCUGGGCAUCGAUGAGAGAGACCACGCGAGAGGAGGACUUGGCGUACUGCCUCCUUGGGCUAUUCGACAUUCAUAUGCCCAUGCUGUAUGGAGAAGGGCGGAAGGCCUUUCUGCGGUUACAGGAAGAAAUUAUGCGACGGACGGCCGAUAUGUCAAUCUUCUUGUGGACGGACCCAGACUCAAGUCGAACAUACUCUGGGCUUCUUGCGGAAACGCCAGCUCAUUUUCGGUACAUGCAAACCGUCCGCAUCGCUGAGGCCGAAACACAGCGCAGAACUGAUUUUAGACCAUAG